GAAGCAGGAAGGGGGAUGCAGUUAGUGUGCUCGGAGGCUGCUGGCAGACACACAGCGCGCUGCCCGGGUGGCUCUUGGUUUUGAAACAUAUGUUUGAAAAUCCAUCACAGCUCCAGAAAUGAUAUUCUAGAAAAAAACAACCAAAACUGGUUUUCUAAAAGUUUCUGAAUUCUGAAAAAUGGCAGCUGCUCCCCCACCCCCAGGAGGAGGGCCUCCCGGAUUCCCUGGAAACCCCAUGCUGAUUAAUCAAUGGGGUUCUGGCUCUCUUGCUGUAGCUGUUUGGGAAUGGCAAGAUGAAAAUAACAAAUGGAGACCAUAUAGCAGUGCAGUUAGCAGCUAUAUAGAGCAAUGUAUGCAGUCACCUCAACUUCAGAAGGGACCUCGUGGACCAGGCAACAGCAGCAGUAUCUCACUCGGACAUGUUGAUCCACAGUUAUCCCCAUAUAUAAUCGAUAUUGUUACUCUUACCCAGUUUCGGCAGGAUACAGGAACAAUGCGAUUUGUAAGAAAAUCUCUCUAUCCAGCAGAUUCUGCACCAGCCAAGGGAAUAUGUUGGGAGUGGAUGAAUGAUGAAGGUUACUGGAGUCCCUAUGAAAUGCCAGUUGCAAUAUUCCUGGAAGAAGCUUUCUGCAAUCGACAGCAGUCAGUUGACCUUGCAUUACUCAGACUCCAAUAUCAUGUUGAUUUCAUGUCUUUCGUCCAGACAAAUAAGAUAACGGGUUUCAGACGUCGAGUUCAGAGGCGUAUUGAUACACCUUACCCAUUAACUCCCAAAGUAGGGCCAGUUCAUAAGUCUGCGGCCUGUGCAUGUUACCAGUGCCUUGCCAGCAGUGGAGCAGGCCCCAUUUCAACUCGCAAUAGACACUCUAUGGGUAACUUGCCAACCUCCUCAAACUACCAGAGCGCCAGUAGGACAUCUCUUAUAUCCACCAAUAAUGUUGGUUAUCUACCUUACCCCAAACCGACAUUAACUAGUGCAAAGUCGGCUCCGAAACUGAACAAUACAUGGCUGCCACCAUCAACAUCCAUGCAUUUGCCAGGGCCAUCAUCAACUAAUGGAAUCAGGAUACCAUCUAUACCAGUUCAGUUGCAAGCACAAAGCUUAACACAACCGGCUCUGGCAGGCAUGACGGGUAUUCUGAUGUCUGCGGCUGGCCUCCCUGUACGUCUUACCUCUGCACCUCCACAUUCCAACCCACCCGUGACCAGUAAAUCUGAUAAAAAAUCAGUUAAGAGAUUGAGGAAAAUGCCAAAGAAAGGAGGUCCUGUUGAGCCAGAACAAGUUGUAAAGAAAUACCUUGAAAAUGUAGAAAAACCAUCUGAUGAGGACUGCAUCAUCUGCAUGGAAACACUGAACUCUCAAUCAGGCUAUGCUGAUUCUUCAGAAAGCAAAACCAUCAAGCCUGCGGCAGUGGGAAAAUUAAAGAAUUGUGGUCAUGUGUUCCACCAGCUAUGCAUGCUGGCUAUGUAUAACAAUGGAAACAAGGAUGGCAGCUUGCAAUGUCCCGCAUGUAAGGCCAUCUAUGGUGAGAAGACUGGAACACAACCAAAAGGCAAAAUGGAGAUUUUCCUAAUACCUCAAUCUCUGCCUGGCCAUCAAGACUGUGGAACUAUCCAUAUUGUGUACACAAUUACCCCAGGAACACAGGGUCCUGAACACCCAAAUCCAGGAAAACCUUACUCAGCUAGAGGCUUUCCCCGGCAUUGUUAUAUUCCAGACAGCAGCAAAGGAAGAUUGGUUCUAGAGCUCCUAAAAUUGGCAUGGGCAAGACGAUUAAUUUUCACGAUUGGGGUAUCCAGCACGACUGGUGAAUCUGACACUGUGGUGUGGAAUGAAAUCCAUCACAAGACUGAAAUGAACUCUAACAUAACAGGACAUGGCUUUCCUGACCCUAACUACCUGGACAAUGUAAUUGCAGAGCUUGCAGCUCAAGGAGUCACAGAAGAAGGCCUUAAUGCAUAAAGGACUAUCCAGGUGGAUGACUUCUGCAGUUUUGAGGCAGGAGCAUUCAUUUCGUUAUAAAAUGCCUUAAAGUUUGAUUUACGUUUAUACUUUUUUUUUUUUUGUAAUGCAAUAUUGUCUUAAGGAGAUUCACUGAGAAGCUAGGGAUAUCUGUCUUGCUUUGAAUACAAGCUGGCAUGCUGGUUCAUACUUCCACCCCUGCAGGGCGGGGAGUGGUCACAUAAAUACUCCCAUCAGUUUGAUUUCUGUACAUGUCUAAUACAGUACAACAUGCACUUUGCUAGGGGAAACUAACAUAUAUUUCUUUACCAUAAGAAAGGAACUGUCACUUUUUCUUAGCUAAUCAACAGUCCUUAAUGUGGUGAAUAGAAAUACAAUGAAAGGUUUACUGGAGUGAGAUAUGCAGUAGAGGUAACAUCCGCUGUCUGCCUCCUUUUGGUGGUGGCCAUCCUCUCCCGAUUCUCUGAUGUGCAUGCACAUAAGUGUGCAUCUGUAAUUUGCAUCGGUUGUUGUGUUGUGCCAAAAUGUUUGACACAAAAAUGGGUUUGUU